AUGCUCGUAGAAAUCCUAGGACUGGACACGGAACCGGAACUUCGACCGGCGUACCUAGAGGGGGUUGCAUGUAAGCUGUGGGGUCAGUAUCCGGCUCUUGUGGAGGAGCCAGACAGCGUGGUGGAAGGAGGCGUGUACGAUGUACGAACGGUGGCGGAUGCACAGAAAUUGGCCGACUAUGAAACCCGCAAUUACACACCGGUGGUCCGCGAUAUCCGCUACUCGGAUGGACAGUCCCCCGCGCAGCCGGGGUUUGAUUUGAGGAUGUGGUUGAGACAAGUGGGAAGGCAGACGGUGUUGGACAAGUUGGAUGCUCGAAAAUCAGGGAAAGAGGUUAUCAGCCACUGA